AUGGAUGAUGAUGAGCAGAGCAGAAGGACGAGCACAGAAUCAGAAUGCGAUGGUUCAAGAGACGUUCCCAAUGUUGCACUUGGAAAUGGAGCGCAAGCGGCGGAGCUUACAAAGUGGUCUUCAAACUGCGAGUUCCUCAUGAUGAGCAUCGCUGCGCACAGCGAGCUGCCGGACUACAGCUUCUUCACGAGCGAACAACUAGAUGAUGUUUCCAAUGUGGUUCAGAAGAUAAUCGCGUACAUCUUCGUCGGUAUUCCUGUCACUUACAUCCAGGUGAUAUUGGGACAGUACACGCAUUUAGGUAUAUUCUACCUUAAACGAAUGCUGCCUGUUAUGAACGUGCUAGUGUUCGCAAUGAUUGCGGUGGAAUUCUGGGAAUGGUCGAUGAGCGUCAUCAAAAUGGAAACGUACAUUCUGUACAUGAUAAUGGUUUUAGAGCCGACAGGUCUACAGUGGAUGUCGUGCCCUAAAAAUAUGAAACACCAAUGCUACAGCAUCGAAGACGAAUGCGAGAAUCCGCCUUGCAUACGGAAAAAUGUGUAUCUCGCAGCUUCAGUUUACUGGAACUCGACGUUCAUGGGUGGUUCUCUAAUGGAGGCCAAAAGUAGAUUCUCGUUGCCAGAGAUUUCGAGAGCUUGGGCUUCGGUGGUCAGCUGGCUGAUCAUAUAUCUGUUGGCUUCACUUCGCUUCGUCUAUUUGAAAAAAGUUGUAUUGAAAUUCAUAGUUUCGUAUUGCUUGUUCUGCAACGUCGUUCUGACAACGGUAAUGUUAUUAACAAACACCAAGAAAACGUUUCAGAUUGUCUACGAGAUCAAAUGCAGCUCUUUCUUGAAUUGGAAGAGCUGGGCGAACGCGUGUCUUUACAAUCUCAUCCACAUGGGAUCGGGCAGCUACACCUACAUCAUGUUCGGAGUGUUGUCGUGGAGGAAAGCUCGAACCGGAUCUCUGAUCUGCUUCGCCAGUUUGUUCACAUUAUCAUACUACCUCAGCAAUUUGAUGAUGUUCGGUGCUGCGAUCGUGGAGGUGGCGGAAAUCGCCAAGAUGGAUUUGAAGGAUAUCCAGUUGUUCUUUGAACCGGAAUGCGUCGACACUUCAGUGGGUUUGGUGAUAUCGGUCUUAGGGAUUAAAAGUAUCACGCACUUUUUCAUCCAUUCCCCAAAUCGAAUGAUUCGUUUGCUUCCAGGUGCUUCCAGGUUCUUAAACAUCAUGUAUUUCAGCUGGUUAAUUUUGACUAUCGUCACUCGCAUAAUCUUCAACAUUCAGUUGCUUUUGAAGGCGAUCUACCAGAGAUACCCGAGCAUGAUCGCAUUCCAUUUCUAUUUCACGCCGAUCAUCUGCUUCCUGGCUUUCAUGAUCGAAAUGCUAUUCGAGUCCAAGGAGGUCUACGAGAUCUACUUUCACAUUUGCUACAUGAUUCGUGAUCUGUGCCUCAGCAUAAACGUAUUCAUCUUGACGUUCUGCGUGUUUUACAUCUACGGCAUCUCCAAAAUAAGCGACGAUAUACAUUUCAUGUCUGGACAAGCUCCGACCAAAUUUUGGAAGUUCACGUGGAUUCUGACGCCGAUCGUUGUGGUUUGGACGAUUCCCGUGGUCCUUCAAAAUCUCACAGAAGAGGACGUCCAUUUGAACGAUAUCCUUUUAAUCGCCGUCUCGUUAGCUUUCACGCCAUACAUUGUCGUAACGACCAUCGAGAUAAUUAAGAAAAUCUUACAAAGGAAUAUGUUCAGUCUGUUUCGACCGGAUUCGAAUUGGGGACCGGCGGAUCCGACGAGCAGGGAAAUGAGGCACGUGUUCGAUCCGAGCCACGAGACGCGAUACGAGAAAAAGACCUAUCCAUGCAAACACAAAUGCCUGUUGACGAACAAGACUCUAUUGAGGAUCAAUCAGGAGGAAGAGGGAACGAACCGAGCUCUGCACUUCAGCAGCAUCACCUCGUUCGAAUGA